AUGCCAAGACGCUUGUCAAGAGAAGAAAAGGGGAAAGGUCCGAUGUCUGAAGAUAAAGAAACUCACAUAAAAAGAAUCAAAGCCCCUAGUGUUGAUAACUCUGCUCUUAUCAAAGAAAACGCGAAGACUCUCAUUGGACGCGUCACCAACCCACAUGAACAAAGAAUUUGGGCUCUCAUUCCAGCCUUACCUCGCAAAUGGCACCUACUGGGAAGAGCCACAGGAUCAGAUCUAGGUAAUGGCUGCUUUCAGUUCAGAUCUGAGAAAGAGGAGGAAUUACAGAGAGUGUUGGAUAACGGUCCCUACCACUUUGCUUACUGGAUGGUCAUCAUUCAAAGGUGGGAACCAGUUAUAUCGACAACAUUCCCUUCACAGAUCUCUUUCUGGAUCCGCAUCAAAGGCCUGCCUCUUCAUUUCUGGCUUGAAGACAUGGUAUGUAAAAUAGGGAAGGAUCUAGGAACGCUCCUAGACCAUGAACUCACCAAGACGACAACAAGAGUUAAAGUGCUAGUUGAUGGGCUAAAACCUCUGAUAAAAGAAGCAAUCAUAGAAUUUGACUCAGGGGAAGAGAGUCUUAUCUACCUGGAAUAUGAAAAGCUAGAGAAUCACUACUCCUCUUUCUACUCCCUCUCACACUUGAAGAAAGAUUGCCCUACAAACUCAAGGGAGACACCACAAGCAGAGCAGCUACAGGAUAAGGAAACGUCAAAACAUAGAGAGGUUUCAUACUCUGAGAUGGAGGAGGAAUGUCACCGUGGUAGACAAGGAGCUCCUGAGCAGCGUAGUAGAAAAGUUACACCCUUACCACCAAGAGAUGGCAGAUCUAUGCCUACUAAAGACCUGAAAGCUGCAGCUUUCCAUGAAAGGAUUGACCGCCAAGGAACAUCUCCCUUGGAGAGGAAAAAUGGUGGAAAGUGUACCUGA